UACAUGAUGCACAACAGUGUGCGUCGCUAAGCAUGUCGUCAACUCUGAUUGGCCAGGAAGGAUCAUGUGACUGCGACGCACUACUAACAACAGCAGCAACUGGCGUCGGGGUUUUGGGGGCUCGCUGUUCGUGUCCAGUCGUGAAACCUCUCGGUCGGAGCCGCCACCUUGUCAACAUGUCUACGCCGGUACAGGACGGAAGCUCCAGUCAGCUCAAUAAGUUCGAGAAAUUGUCGUGGAGGCCCACCAGUCGAGAUUCAGGCUUUAAGACGCGGGCACGCUGGCUCCAGGCUCGGCGAAUCUUAUCCCCAGCGUUCCCCAACCUGCGUAUCCCCAACAGGUUUCUGACAGAAGGACCCUGGGUGCCCUCGGCCCGUAGCGGACACCGUUGCGUGGCAGACAGCACCCACCUGUAUAUGUUUGGUGGCUACAACCCAGACUUCGAGGAGGCGGGUGGGUUGGAAAAUGAAGACUUUCCUCUCUUCAGGGAGUUGUGGAGGUUUCAUUUCGCCACCUCCACCUGGCACCGCGUUCAAACGGAGGGUUACAUUCCCACGGAGCUAGCUUCCAUGUCAGCUGUCUUCCAUGGUAACAACCUGCUGGUGUUCGGAGGCACCGGUAUUCCCUUCGGAGAAAACAAUGGCAACGACGUCCAUGUUUGCAAUGUUAAGUACAAAAAAUGGAACUUGCUGUGCUGCAGAGGGGCAAAACCCAACAAGAUCUACGGCCAGGCCAUGGUCAUAAUAAAUGGCUGCCUGUACGUUUUUGGAGGGACGACGGGCUACCAUUACAGCACGGACCUGCACAGGCUGGACCUGACUACCAAAGAAUGGAGCCACCUCAAGCCCAACAACGUCCCCACAGAUCUACCGGAGGAGCGGUACAGACACGAGUUGGCGCAUGAUGGACGGAGGAUAUACAUUCUUGGAGGCGGGACCUCCUGGUCAUCAUAUCGUCUGGACAAGAUUCACGCAUAUAACUUGGAGACAAAUUACUGGGAGGAAAUCAUCACCAAGCCCCAUGAAAAACUAGGAUAUCCUGCUGCCCGUCGCUGUCACGGCUGUGUGCAAGUUCAGCAUGAGGUCUUUAUAUGCGGCGGCUACAACGGUCAGCUGAUUAUGGACGACUUGUGGAAGCUCCACCUCAGCACCUUUCAGUGGACCAAACUUCCUGCCAUCAUGCCAGAGCCCGCUUACUUCCACUCCGCUGCUGUCACGCCAGCGGGCUGCAUGUACAUCCACGGAGGUGUAGUGAACAUGUCCGGUAAUCGUCGUACUGCCUCGUUGUAUAAAUUGUGGCUGGUGGUGCCCAGCCUGCUGGAGCUGGCCUGGGAGAGGCUACUGAAGAUGCAGCCUCGGCUAGCUCAGCUGUCCACACCGCAGCUGCUCGGCCUGGGUCUGCCGCACACGCUCAUUCAGCGCCUCAAGUAGGAAUUGGACACGCUAAGGCGAGCGUUGCAUGGUGGACAAUCGUUUUAAAAAAAAAAAAAAAAAAAAAAAAAGGUGGGGGAUUGCAGUUCUGAAGCUUGCUGUCUCUAUUACAAUGUCUUCUAUUUCCUUUACAUAUUUGUAAACGUGUUCCGUUUUAUACAUCUAUGUUAAGAUGAACUUGUCUCUGUACACUAUACAGGCAAUUUUAAUUUGAUUUGACCAUAAUCUCAUUUUAUGGCCUUUAACUACACUUGAAAAACGUGAUGUUGGCACUGAUUUCUCUUUUUUUGUCAAACUGUUCCACACAAUUGUACAGUGUUCAUAUUUUUGUGUUGAAACAACAACAUGGGAAAGCGUGGAACUGUCUGACAAAUGUAGGAAGUUUAGUUUUUAAAUGUAACGUGCAGCUGUGAUUAUUUCAACUGAAAAUGUAAUGUUCUUUUUUUUAUGGCAUCACUGUGACUCCUAGUGCCUCUUCCCUUUUUAUUUGUUUUAAAUAUAAUUUUUCACACUUGCAGCCUCAGCAUUCUUUUUCCCCGUUUCUUGUGCCUUUUGAAUACUCUGAUUGCUCGUGAUGAUCAACUUGGUGCCGUACAGGUUACACUUUUACUAAGUUGUUUUAAACCACUGUGGUGUUUGUGUUGUUUGCUUGUUUAACCAAUUUUUUUUCUGAAUGUGUCAUGUAGAACACACUUUUUUUUUUUUAAACCGACAGCAGUACCAAUUAAAAAGCACAUUUCUUGAAACCACUGAACGUGGUUAUCUUCAGAAUAAAAAGGUAGUUUUU